AUGGGCGGAAACAAGCUUCGCGCCUGGAAGCGAAUUCUCGCGCGCGGUGAAGAGUCAUCCAAUGUGCCCUAUGACACAGUGAGCCUGUUCUUUGAGCUCAGCCUCGCCCUGAUGGAGGGAGACAUUGCUAUCUCGCAGGAGGCCGUCAAGCUGCUGGCAGGCGAUGCCGGGCUCAACUUCAUCAAGGCCGUCUCCAGCACGCACAUCGUCCAAGCAGCAGCAGCUACCGAUGCCGACUCCUCUUCCAUCAGGGUGGAGUUGUGGAAGACGCAGAUCUCGCCCAUGUUUCGCCUCAUUACCAACGAACGGCUUUUGGACUCCAACGUCCUGGAGCAGGAGGUGGCAGCCAUCUACUCAUUCCUUGUCGGGGUCAACGCGACUCGAAUGGACAGGCUCUUCGGCUUCAUCACCCAGCUCGUCAUGGAUUGGCCUGGCCUGCCUGUGGGUGACCUCGCCCAGGGGACGGUCCUGGAGUUGUCGCUCACGGUGCUGUCCAAGGUGCUCGACUGCAACACGACCAAUGUACUGAACGAAAGGUUUCACCAUAUCGUGGAGCAAUUCUCCAACAUCCUCACGACCCUCUCAGCCACACCGGGAGAGAAGAACGAUGAGGCAUGCAUCCUGCGAGCAACCAAGUAUCUCGACUAUCUACAGCGACGUUUGGGCGUUGGAAAGACGAUGAUGGCCACAGCUAACCUAGCAGAAUCUUCUCCUGCGACUGCCGGCGACCCAGCCGGCCCAUCCGAGUCGUUCAAGCUCAGACGAGACCUCCCAGGCAAGCUUUCCCCCGACGGCCCUCGCCACGACAAUGAUCAUGCCGAGAUCGCCUCCAUCCAAAUCAUGCCCACGAGUGAAGAGAUCACCUCACCGCGCAAGGAGUAUCUGCCUACUACCGACUCGUCGCAAUGGCACCUCCCUGGCAUCCGUGGCCGUCUGGAUCGGGAAUUCCGCCUCCUGCGCGAAGAUACCGUCGGCCAGCUCCGCGAUGCCGUCUUCGAACUGCUCCAGGGCACUCGUGACAACAUCAACAGCAAUAAAAGACACAACCAGAACAGUGCCCAGACGACCGCCUACGACGAUGCCGUGGUGCACAGCGUCGAUAUCGACAAGAACAAUGGUCUGGAGCUGACAGUGCGGUGCAGCCAGCCCAAGAUCGUACAGAAGAUGAGCGAUGCGGCAAGAAACAGGUGGUGGGAGCAGUGCAAGAGACUUCAGGCUGGUGCCCUGACGUGUGUGAUUGAUCGCGCCGGCGCGGCCCAGUUCUAUGUCGUGGCGCGGUCUACCGUCCGCUCUGCGUCACAGAAGGAGACGUCGGCACGUAAGAGAGGAGAACCAUCUUCUCCUCCUCCUUUCUAUCAAGAGGAAGAUAAGGAGAAGCCGCUGAGCCUCAGCUACAGUCGCGAGGACCUCUUCGUCAAGCUGAACCUCGUCGGCACCUCUCGAGUCGAGAUGCAGCAGACUCUGCGUUGGUACAAAGACAUCGGCCGACCACGGCCUCGCCAGCUGGUCGAGUUCCCUGGCGUCUUGCUGGCAUCCUUCAAACACACCCUGGAGGCCCUCCAGAAACUCUCUCGGAAGCCCGACCUGCCCUUCACCCACCUGAUCGCGCCCGACACGCCUUCUUCUUCUCCUCCUCCUUUACGAAGAGUCGAAAGCCGCGUGGCUCCGCCUCUGUUCUCUCGCGCGGCUGGGUUCGAGUACGACCUCAAGUGUCUAAACUCAGGUGGUUUGUCUCCGUUGUCAGUCAGGCCGGGUCAACACAUGCCGUCCAUCGAGGAAGUCUCUGAGAAUACUGGCCUGGACGAGACCCAGUCGGAGGCCCUGCUCAACACGCUCACGCGCGAGCUGUCGCUCAUUCAGGGCCCUCCCGGCACAGGCAAGUCGUACACGGGCGAGAAGAUCAUCCGGGUCCUCCUCGCCAACAAGGCCAAGGCCAAGCUCGGCCCUAUUAUCUGCGUCUGCUACACGAACCACGCCCUGGACCAGCUUCUCGAGCACCUCCUGGACGACGGCAUCAAGGGGAUCCUGCGGAUCGGGUCCAGCUCCAAGUCGGAGCGGCUCAAGAAUUUUAACCUGCGCGCCGUGGCGGACAAGUCGGCUGUGGCGGCUACGCGGACCGAGACGUAUAUCAUAGGUGGGCAGACGCGCAAGAUGAGGACGGCGGAGACGGAGAUGAAGAAGUGCCUGCGCACGCUUGAUCAGUGCGAUUCUGCAUCUUCCAUGGGAAAUUAUCUGGAGAUGAACCAUCCGGUGUUUCACAAAGAGCUGUUUGGCCCUGCUGCGGACGAUGGUUCCCGUGGUGAUGUCCUCAGUGGUGGUGGACAGUGGGAGACGGUGACACGACGCAGCAAGCCUGGCAAGGUUGUCGAGACCUGGCUCCGAGGUGGCUCUCGACCACCGCCACCAGGCCCUGGACACAAUCACAACAACAACCCCCCACCGAGAGACCUGGCGGACCUGCAGAGGACCCGUCUCAACGACAUGACUCACCUGGAACGUCAGAUUAUCCACAGAGAGUGGCAAAAGAGCAUCCGAAACCCCGUCUUCAAGGAGAUCAUGGCGCUGCACCGCGAACACGAGGAGGCCAGGACGUUCAGGAACACCAUCCGCGACGAGGAGGACCUGCGCUGCCUGCAGCAGGCGGAUAUUAUCGGCCUGACCACCACGGGUCUGGCGCGCCAGGUGGACAUGAUGCGAAAAGUGCGGGCCAAGGUGGUCAUCUGCGAGGAGGCCGGCGAGGUUCUCGAGGCGCAUGUCCUGACGGCGCUGCUGCCCUCUGUCGAGCAGCUGAUCCUCAUCGGCGACCACCUGCAGCUCCGGCCGCAGAUUCAGAACUAUGACCUGCAGAGCACGAACCCCAAGGGGCUCAAGUAUUCGCUCGACACGUCGCUGUUUGAGCGCCUGGUCUGUCCACAACAUUCAGAGGACCAGAAACUACCAGUCAGUGUCUUGGCGACGCAGAGGCGCAUGCACCCUUCCAUUGCCGAAAUGGUGCGCUCUACGCUCUACAGCAACCUGAAGGAUGCAUCGCACGUCGAGAGCUACCCAGAGGUGGUCGGCAUGGACCGUCGCUUGUUCUGGCUGCAUCACGAGCAUCUUGAGGAUGGUCAGCACGCGAAGGGAGGAGAGCCUCAUGACACAUCACGGUCCAACGAGUUCGAGGUCGAGAUGGCUGCCGCGCUUGUCUCGCAUGUGGUGAAGCAGGGGAACUAUGACCCGGAGGAUAUCGCCGUCCUGACGCCCUAUACUGGUCAGCUUCAGAAAUUGCGCAGACGUCUGGCGACGGAAGCCUCCUUUUGCGUGCAGAUUGACGAGCGCGACCUGCAGGCACUCGACGAGGAGGGCCUCAAUGAGGCAGAGGAGGAGACCAAGGCGGUGGCAACGACCGUCGGAAAGUCGACCCUCCUGAAGAGUAUCAGGCUCGCCACUGUCGAUAAUUUUCAGGGCGAAGAGGCCAAGGUGGUCAUCAUCUCGCUGGUGCGUAGCAACAUGGAGAACAGGUGUGGGUUUCUCAGCACCUCGAACCGCAUCAAUGUUCUGUUGUCGCGCGCAAAGCAUGGAUGCUAUAUCCUGGGCAACGCAAAGACGUACCAGAGCGUGGCCAUGUGGGAGCAGGUUAUCAAGUUGCUUCAGGCAAACGACAACUUCGGAACCGCCCUGGCACUCAAGUGUCCUCGCCACCCUGCCACGCGCAUCGAAGUCUCGAGCCCAGACGAUUUUGCCAUCUUCUCGCCUGAUGGAGGCUGUCGUCUGCCCUGCUUGUGGGCGAAACUACUCGACAUGUCCUCACAGCUGCAUAGCAACCUGUCACGGCCAGCAAAAUACUGCCAGCAGUGCGGCGCAGACGACAUCCUGGCCACGGUUGUGGAUUACCUGCUGUUGAGCGAGUACAAGGACAUUGACCUCAAUGACGACCCUUGCGUCUUUGCCAGCUGCGGCCACUUCCUGACCCGGUCCUCCAUGGACGGCCAGAUGCUGAUGGGCGAGCACUAUGUCCUCGACGACAAGGACGGCGGCCCUGUGGCCAUCAGGAAGCCCCUGGAGCCCUUCUCCAUGGACGGACGCAGCCAGCUCAAGACCUGCCCGCAGUGCCGCGGCUCUCUCCGCGACAUUCCGAGGUAUGGCCGCAUCGUCCGCCGCGCCCUGCUGGACGAGGCCACCAAAAAGUUCAUCUCCUGGUCCGAACACCAACACCAUCAGCUGGCGGGCCGUCUGCUGGACCUCCAGAACAACCUCGCAGCACAGCAACAAGAGCAGAACGGGGAAAAGGGCAAGGGCGACGCUGCCGCUGCUGCCGAGGACAUCGCCGCGCAGAUUCUCGACUACAUGCCUGGCCGGUUUGCGCUGAAGGGUUCUGCUCAGGACCAGCUGCGGGAAUUGGGGAAGUGGGUUGGGAAGAAGCGGUAUACCGAGCUCAUCAGGCUGCACAGGGACAUUGUCACGUUCCGGGGCAGAGUCAGGGCCGAGGAGCAGCCCUUUCAAAAGGUAGCCAACCUCGUGCGGUUCGCCAACAGCAACAAGACCGUGGACUCUUCUUCUUCCUCUUCCUCCUCUUCUUUCACGUUCGACUCCUCCGUCAUCCAGCUGCGCGGGUUCCUGCUCGCCACCUCGCUCCUCCUGCGCUGCCACCUCACCGUCCUCUCUGAUUUCCUGGACCUGCGGACCAAGAAGGACACCGCCUCGUGCGCCUGGAAACAUGCAGACAUCAGCGUGGACUUUGCCCGCAACACGGCCCAGUGCGAGGACCUCGUCAGGCUUGCCAGCGAGACGGACCGCCCUCAGCUCCAGGCCGAGGGCCACAUCUACCAUGCACACUUUUGCGGCCUCGCACUCGCCCUCGGCAACGGCAAUGGCAAUAGCAAUGGGAGUGGCGACGACAAGAACAACAACAACAACAGCAGCAGCAGCAGUCUCGAACACAUCGCGGCCGCCCAGACCAUCCUGGACAAGCGCAGUCCCCAGCCACACUGGGCCGCGACGGUCCAGGCCGAGCUGGACGCGGUGCGCGACCUCCUCUCGCAGGGAAUCUUCUACACGCGCGUCACGGCGGCCGAGAUGCGCGCCGUCUACAAGGCCAUGGCUGCUGAGUUCCGCGGCACGGGCCACUGGUACACGUGCGAGAGGGGCCACCCGUUUACCGUGGGCGAGUGCGGCAUGCCCAUGGAGCAGGCGCGGUGUCCUGAGUGUGGUGCCGCCGUGGGGGGGCGGAAUCAUGUGGCGGUGGAGGGGGUGCGGCAUGCGGUGGAGGUUGAGGCGCUGGCUAGAGGGGUGGAAGGGAUGGCGAUUUGA